AAAAUGACUAAAAAAAUGAGAGAUGAGAGAAUGGCACCAGUUCCAAUCUCCUAUAAAAGCAGAUGAUAUGAAACACUAGGAGAAACCAUCUCUUCCUCGCUUCUUUUCUGUUUUGUGAAAUAUGGAAGGAAAUAUGAAGGUCUGGCUUGUAGUGGCAACAUGGUUAUGCUGGACUAUUAUAUUUGGAUUGGCUAGGGUUAUUAACCCAUCUGCAAUUCAUAACUACACAGCCGAUGCAAUUCCCUCUGUAAGCUUUACCAUUACUCGUAUCCCCGGUGAUGAUAAGACUGACUACAAGCAGCUUAUGGUAGAUCUUCGAAAAAAAUUGUCUUCUGGCACUACUAGCAAUGGAGUACCAGUGUUACGCUCCACAGCUUCAAAAGAAGCCAAAUAUCUUUUAGUCAAUAUAAUAAAUUCAGGGAAGAAGGAAAUCACGUUAGGAUUAAAUGUUAUUAAUGCAUAUGUUUUGGCUUAUAAAGUGGGAGAUAAAUCUUAUUUCUUUAACGAUCCGACUGAAUUGAAGGAUGCACAAACUCAUCUUUUCAAAGACACAAAGCAAACCGCCAUAAAAAUUACAGGUAGCUACGACUCUCUCAAAGCUCAAGGAGGAGAUCGAGAAUCAGUAGAUUUAGGAAUCGGGCAAUUAGACUCUCACAUCUAUACACUCCAUAAAUCGACAGCGUUAAAAGACGUUGCUAAGUCUCUUGUUUGUAUUAUUCAGAUGGUUUCAGAAGCAGCCCGAUUUAAGUCUAUUGAGAAUAAGAUAGUAGAUAAGAUUGAUGGAAGUUUUAAACCGAAGCUUGAUAUAAUCACUCGUGAGAACAACUGGGGUGACCUUUCUGAAGGAAUUCAAAACGCUGAUAAGAAGGGAAAUUUUAAAACAAAAGUUAGAUUGCAGAAGGAAGAUGGUAAGGAGGAUAUUAUAUCUAACGUUAAUCAAAUAAUAGGAGAGAUGGGAAUUUUGCUGUAUAAGAAGAAGAAGAUCUACAAUAUUCCAAGUUUUGGACAAACAAAUUUUGGAAACCUUAUCCAGAACUAAGUAUUAUUAUUGCAUAUGUAUUACGUCAAAUAAAGGACAUAUAUUAUUGUACUUGUCCAACUGUUUCAGUAAUUGAAUAACAGUGACUGCUAGUCUUCUCCUGUUUUCAUCAA